AUGGUCUGCAGCUAUCUCUUCUUCUGUUCUUUCUUUCUAUAUAAUAUUAAUUUCAUUUCAUCAACUGUGUAUUCUUGCAAUCACAACGCUGAAUGUGGCUGCUCAAAAACUGAUGCCAUAGUAGAUAAGAUUGUUGGUGGUGAAUCAGCAGUUAACUCAAGUUGGGGUUGGGCUGUAUCUUUACAGAGAUUUGGCAGCCAUUUUUGUGGUGGUGCAAUUAUUUCACCAUUACAUAUCAUUACAGCUGCUCAAUGUGUUCCAAAUUCUACCACGAUAAUCGGCACUACAAACGUAGUUGCUAGUAUAGAUAAGUUGUCUCAAUCAACAUCGUCAUCUGCUCAAGUACGUUCUGUUGUCAAUGUUUUUUCGCAUCCUGACUACGAUGAAGAUUCGAAUACUAAUGAUAUUGCUGUUUUACGACUUAAUCAACCAUUGGAUAUUUCAUAUGAAAAAGGUUCUGCUCUAUUAUGUAUACCUCGUGUUGUUGCGGCUAAUGCAAAUAAUGAUUAUCCCGUUUCUAAUUCAAGAUUGGUAGCAAUUGGAUGGGGUAAAUUGGCGCUUUCAGACUUAGUGAUACCAAAUACUUUGCAUCUUCAACAAGUAACAGUGAAUGCAAUGCCUACAGACCAUGCAAUGUGUAGACCUACGAUCAAUAAUCAACAACUUCAAUUUUGCGCCGCUGUGGAAGGUGGUGGAAAAGAUACAUGUGACGGUGAUUCAGGUGCUCCUUUAAUGCAUUUUGAGUUGGAUAAACGUCAAUGGGUAUUAGCGGGAAUAACAAGCUAUGGAGUAGGCUGUGCUCUUCCUAAGUAUGCUAGUGUUUAUACACGUGCUUCUAUGUAUCAUGAUUGGCUUCGCUCAGUAGUCAAUGAUAAUUUUAUUACACUAGCAAUCGGUGAAAAUAUUACUAAACCACCGAUCAAUCAUAAUUGUACUGAACCAUCGAUGAAUCAUAAUUCUACUGAACCGUCGAUCAACCAUAAUUCUACUGGUUCACCAGGCAGUAGUGCUAGUUUUGUCUGGAUAAAUUCACUUCAAAGCAUACUAUCACUCUAUUGGCCACUUUCAUCAUUGCUAUACGUAUUUAAUCGACUGUAA